AACAAUGGCCUUUAAUCCCUCUCUUCUAUUAGGAGCUUUCCUCCUCCUCCUCCUUGUGUCAAUACCUAUCACUGUUCACUGUAAAGAUCAUACCGGAAAAUCCUUCGAUUUCCUGCACCACUUGGAGGGAUGCCACAAAGGCCAGACAGUGAAAGGCCUUCAUGCGCUCAAACGCUAUCUCCAAAAGUUUGGGUACUUGAACUAUGGUCAUGAUCAUCAUGAUUCAUCAAAGAAUAGAAAUCUCAAGCAUGCAAACAACGAUGAAUUUGAUGACCUUUUAGAGUCUGCAGUGAGAGCAUACCAAUCAAAUUAUCACAUGAAGGUCACCGGAAUCUUAGACUCCGACACCAUUCAAGAAAUGAUGCUCCCAAGAUGUGGGGUGCCCGAUGUUGUCAAAGCCACAAACGCAAUGUCGAGCAGAAAAAUGAAACAGUCCAAACUUUUCAACACCACUCCUCAAUACUCAUUCUUCCCAGGAAUGCCAAGGUGGCCUCCAUCAAAAACCCGUCUCACUUAUAGUUUCCGAUCCAGUGCAAAGGUUGUGGGAAUACAAGUACUGAGGUCGGUGUGCUCUCGAGCUUUUAGGAGAUGGCAAAAUGUCAGCCAUUUCACAUUUCAGGAAGCUCGGCGUGGUGCAACCGGCGACAUUGUUAUUGGGUUCCAUCAUGGUGGUCAUGGAGACCAGUACCCAUUUGAUGGGCCAGGCAACACAUUGGCUCACGCUUUUGCACCACAAAGAGGAUGGUUCCACUAUGAUGCUGAUGAGAAUUGGAGUACUAAUCCGGUGAACAUGACCCAAGUAGACUUGGAAUCUGUCGCUGUUCAUGAAAUAGGGCAUAUUCUAGGGCUUGGGCACAGUUACGAUAGGAAUGCCAUUAUGUUCCCAUCUUUUUCGCCUGGUACAAUCAAGAGAAAUCUGCGAGCUGAUGAUAUUGAAGGAAUCCGGGCGUUAUACUCUUAAAUACUACAUGGCAGAGGCUGAUCACCGCACUCCAACUCACAAACCUGCUCUGCUUUGAGGGUGGAGAUAUUAGAAAUAUUCAUUUUGGGGGGCCAAUUAGUAAUAUAAAAUUAAAUUAUAAAAAUAAAAAUAAAAUAAGUGUAACCAUUUUUAUUUCGGCACAUUUUUUUAUGUAUACUUCUAGGACCUUGUCCAUUAUAAUAUAUAUAUUUUUUACUAACCCAGUGCACGAGACUAUUAGGAUUUUAUGGUCUAAAAAUAAUUAAAUAUCCAAAUGUUCCUCGUCUUCUUACCUCUUAAUGAAAAGUCUGUCCGUUUCGGUCA